GACCGACAGACGGAGCCUCCGUGAAGUUUUUCCGGCUGACUUUGCCCGUGGAUGAUGGCUCGGUGCUGGAGGUUUUGGGUCGGGCUCCUGGUCCUCCUGACUGUCUGCCUCGCUGCUGUUGAGUCUUUCAGUCAUCUGAGCUUCAACCUGUGUAAGUGGUGUGAAGUGUCCAGUCCAGUGUGCCAAGACAGCGUAUGCCACAGCAACUGCACCCUGUCGUCCUUCUGCACCGUCAUUGAGGAGAUCUGUAUCGCCAUAUGGAGGAAGACCAAUGAGACUAUGACCGUGCUCACAAUGUGCCACCACCCCAGUCUGCCACUAGAGGGUGUUGACCCCAGCCUACUGCUGAACUUCACCUCCAGGGAAUGUCACAUGGUUCCACAGCCUGCAGAAGAUGGAGCCAUGAUGGUCUGUGGCUGCAAGGGGGAACAUGAAUGCAAUGACAAACUCAUCUUUGAUAAAGGAGCCAAUGGUUUUUCCAAGCUGCAGAGUAAAGAAGUGAUCCCAGUUGUGUUGGUUAGUUUGGUGCCUCCUAUCCUUGUGGCCAUAGUUGCCACUGCUGCCUUUUACUUUUACCGCACUCGGCGCUUUGGCAAACCUGGACCUCCAGCUCGUCCUGACUGGCCCGGCAAACAAACUCCAGAACUCUACCAGGCUUUAGACCCCCCGUGUGGAGGUCUGCAUAGUCGUGAAGGUGGGGGAGGAGGUGAAGGAGGAGGAGGAGGAGGAGGAUUAGGAGGCAUCACAGGAACUACGGAUGAGGAGUCCAAUGCCAAAGUGCUGUCAGUCAUUAAUGAUGUAUCUGGUGAAUGGCAAGGACAGCUAGAUGGACCACUGCCAGUUAAGCUUGAGGCGGUGGUGGGGAAGGGUCGCUUUGCUGAAGUCUGGAGGGCCCGCCUGCUACAAGGUGAAAAGAAUGGAGGCAACACUUAUGAAACUGUGGCAGUGAAGGUGUUUCCUGCAAUGGAGUAUGCCUCAUGGAGGAACGAGCGCUCCAUCUACUCAGACCACAAGCUCCAGCAUGACAAUAUAGUUAGCUUCCUUGCUGCUGAAGAAAGAGGAGCACCUGGCCACGCCCACAGGAAAUACUGGCUGGUGUUGGCCUAUUAUAGCCUCGGGAACCUGCAGGACUUUCUCACAGUGAACUUACUGAGCUGGGAGGAGCUUGUUGCUAUGGCAAGCAGCAUCGCUAAAGGGUUAGCUCAUCUCCACAGUGAUACAACCCCUAGUGGAGUACCCAAGGUGCCAGUUGCCCAUCGGGAUGUGAAGAGCAGUAACAUUGUAGUAAAGAGCAGGAAGGAGUGUGCCCUGUGUGACUUUGGUCUGGCAUUGAGACUGGACCUCUCUUUAACAGUUGAUGACUAUGCCAACAGUGGACAGGUGGGAACAGCACGCUACAUGGCUCCUGAGGUGCUUGAGUCCAGGGUAAACUUAGAGGACCUAGAGGCCUUCAAACAGAUGGACGUCUACUCUAUGGCUUUGGUCCUUUGGGAGAUGGCAUCUCGCUGCCAGGCCAUUGGAGAGGUGAAGGGCUAUGAGCCAGCAUUUGGGUCCAAGGUGUCUGAGCAGCCCUGUGUGGACAGUAUGAGGGACCUGGUGCUGAGGGACAGAGGACGCCCAGACAUCCCCACAGCGUGGACACAACACCAGGGAAUGAGUGUCUUCUGCUCCACCAUCACAGAGUGCUGGGAUCAUGACCCCGAGGCCAGGCUGACAGCUCACUGCGUGGUGGAGCGCUUUAACGCCCUUCAAAAUGAGGAAGAGGAGGGAGUAGGACAAGAGCAGAGAGGAGAAGAGCAACGGGAAGAGGAGGAAUCCAGAAUAAGAGCAGAAAAGGAAGAAGGAGUUGGAGAAAAGGACUCGGAGGUUCAGACUGACGGCGUUCCUCCCUGUCUUCACUCGUCCUCCACUGCUGUCUCCUCACCUUCCUCCUCUUCGUCCGUCCAGGUUACACACAUAGACACAGACAGAGACACGGCAGAGGACUACCUGGUUCUUUCUGGUUCUAUGGUUUGAGCAGUGGUUGUACGAUCCCUGCUUUGUCCUGGCUGUGUUUACACCACCUCUUUACCAUCUCAUGUGUUUCCUCAUUGUAUAAUCAUUCAGCGCACGGUAGAAAAUAUAGUGAAAGUCAUCUAAGUAUCGGAAUUUGUAGCAUUUGUUGACUUUUUCAGUUGGCAAGUCCCUCUUGUUAUUAGAAACAAACUGUAAGCCUGCAACUACACGCUGAAAAUGACAAAUUUUCAAAUGCACUUGCAAUAGGGCAGGACUCCUUACUUUUUGUUGUGUCUACAUAUACCAGGGGUCAGCAACCCUGGUCCUAGAAAGCCACUAUCCUGCAUGUUUUAGAUGUUUCCCU